CACCAGGAGUACCUGAAGAUGCUGAGCGAGAGGGAGGAGGCGCUCGAUGAGGCUGAUGAACUGGAGCACUUGGUGACAUCACGCACAGAGUCUGUGAACAUCGACCACCCAAACCACGUUGUGACAGUGACCACCAUCAGUGACCUGGACCUCUCAGGAGCACGCCAGCUGGGACUGACCACCCCUGUGGGCAAGAGUGAUGGAUCAGAAGAAGAGAAAGGAGAAGAGGUGGUGAACAAGCCUGUAAAAGCAAUGCCCAAGAAGUCCAGAAACCCCUUCCUGUCUGAAAAGAUCUCUGCUCUUACUGCCACACUGCACAUGCACAGCCGGAAAAAGACAAAAGGAAAGAGACUCCAACGUGGACAAGGCCCACGCAAGAAAAUCCAGAAAUCCACCUCGGGGCGGACCACUAAGACUCAGCGGCGGAGGCUGACGGGCAAAAUGGGCCGUGAUCAAGAUUAA